AUGGGAAAUGAUGAAACUGCAAUAGGGAGUCUUAAGAAAUAUUUGCAUGCUACAUUCCAUAUAAAGGACCUAGGAGCACCGAAAUACUUCCUUGGUAUUGAGAUUGCUCGAUCCAACCAAAGGAUUUAUCUUAGUCAGCGGAAGUUUGUAUUGGAGAUCAUUUCAGAAGCUGGACUAUCAGAAUGCAAGCUAGCAGUUAUUCCAAUCGAGCAGAAUGCCAAAUUAACCACAGCGGAUUUUCUUGGAGGGACAUCUCAGAAUGAUGAUCCUAUACUCAAAGAUCUAACAAGUUAUCAGAAGCUCAUUGGAAAACUCAUAUAUCUGACUAUCACCAGACCUGAUAUUUCAUAUGCCGUGCAAACUCUCAACCAAUGUAUGCACAGCCCCAAGGAGUCUCACAUGAAUGAUGCCUUAAAAGUUGUGAAAUAUCUGAAGAAAUGCCUAGGACUCAGGAUACUUCUAUCUAGAAGAUGUAACAUGGAAUUGAUGGCAUACUGUGAUGCAGAUUAUGCGACCUGUCCGAUGAGUCGAAGAUCGAUUAUUGGCUUUUGUAUUAAAUUUGGGGAAUCUCUUCUUUUAUGGAAGACCAAGAAAUAG